AUGAUACCUGAAGCUCAACUAUGCGCCACAUUUUACGACACUACUUGCCCGAAUGUGUCGAAUAUCGUUGCUAAUCAAAUCAGUGAAGCUUUAGUCAAUGACUCGCGCAUCGGCGCAAGCCUUAUUCGUCUCCAUUUUCACGAUUGCUUUGUUCAGGGAUGCGACGCAUCAAUUUUGUUAGACGACAACACCACCGUGCCGAUCGUGAGCGAGAAAAAUGCGGGCCCCAACGCUAACUCGGCCCGCGGAUUCAAUGUGAUCGACGACAUAAAAACUGCCGUGGAGGCCACCUGCCCGGGAAUCGUGUCGUGGGCCCACACAUUCGGGCGUGCACGCUGCGCGACAUUCUCGGCCAGGCUGUACAAUUUCAAUGGGACGGGUCAGCCCGACCCGUCUCUGAACCCGACGUACCUGACGAGCCUCCAGAAGUUGUGCCCGCAAAAUGGGACAAACACAACGGGAUUGUUGGGAAAUUUGGACCCGACGACACCGGACAAGUUCGACAACAACUACUACACGAACUUGAUGAGUCAGCAAGGUUUGCUGGGGUCGGACCAGGUGUUGUAUUCUAAUAUGGCCGACAAUAAGUCGCAGGUGUCCAAGGGGAUUGUACAGCUGUUCAGUGCCAACGAGGCAGCUUUUUUCGAGAUGUUUAAGGAGUCGAUGGUGAAGAUGGGGAACAUCAAGUCGGGCCAGCCUGGAGGGAAGCUAAGCACCAUAUUUUACUCCAGUAGCUGCUCCAACGUGUCGAAUAUCGUUUCUGAUCAAAUCAGUCAUGCUUUAGCUAACGAUCCACGAAUUGGCGCUAGCCUCAUUCGCCUCCAUUUCCACGACUGCUUCGUUCAGAGCGAGAAAAGCGCGGGGCCAAAUGUGAACUCGGCUCGUGGAUUUGAUGUCGUGGAUAAUAUAAAGUCCGCCUUGGAGCAAUCGUGCCCUGGCUGUGAGCAAUCAAAAAGUAUUUUGGUGGGAGGCCUGUCGUGGACCGUGCCAUGCGGCAGGAAAGACAUCAAAACGGCAAACAGGGCAUUAGCUAACGUGGCUAUUCUGUCCCCGUUCGAAAUCAUACCUAAUAUUACCAAUAAAUUCGUUACCGUUGGUCUUAACAUGAACAACCUUGUUGCAUUAGCAGGGGCCCACACAUUUGGGCGGGCACGGUGCUCGGUUUUCUUGGCUAGGCUGUACAAUUUCAACGGGACAGGACAUGCGGACCCAACGUUGAACCGGUCCUACCUGGCGAGGCUAAGGCGGGUGUGCCCACAAAAUGGGGCCAACUUGAGUUUGGUGGUGACAAACCUGGACCAGUCGAGCCCCAACGCAUUCGACAAUGGGUAUUAUAAGAACCUGGUCACGGGUCAGGGACUGCUGCAGUCGGAUCAAGAGCUCUUCUCGAAUUCGUGGCCGCAGAUAAGUGGGGUUGUGCAGCAGUUUAGCAGAAACCAAAAUGCAUUUUUCAAGAGCUUUGUGGCGUCGAUGGUGGAGAUGGGGAAUAUUGGGUCUGGGCAGGCUAAAAUUUUGUAUCUCGAUGGCGUUAUUGUUGCCUCGGCUGAAACCCUUGAUACUGUUUGCAGCUAUGGAGUGGUCGGAUUUUUGUUUUGGUCGGCACGCUUGCAGAAACUAGGGUUUCAGUUGACCAGUGCAGUUUUUGGAUUUUGGAUGGCAGAAGAGAACACCACCACAAUGAACCUGGACCUCAAUUUGGGGCCCAUCGAGCACCCGAGCGAGGACAGUGAGCCUUCCCCUGGGCCCUACGCGAACGCAAACGCGAACGUGCCCAUGAACUUGGAGGAGUGGCUAGACAGCCCUGUCCGGGUCAGAGAAGUGCGCAAUCACCGCUGGCGGUCUUUGUGGCGGCAGAUCCCUAUCCCACGUGACCUUGGUGAGGGCAGUGCCGGGCGACCGCUGGCUGACGAGGCCAAGGUGUGCGAAAGUGCCGCCGGUUACGUAUCGGUUGGCGGCGUUGAUGAUAAAAAGAAAGACGGGGGCAAGAAUAACACGGACGAAGGCAGUUUUUUCGACUGCAACAUAUGCUUGGAUUUGGCCAAGGAGCCGGUUGUCACUUGCUGUGGCCAUUUGUUCUGCUGGCCCUGUCUCUACCGUUGGCUGCACCACCACUCGGAUGCUAAGGAGUGCCCCGUCUGCAAAGGCGAGGUCACCAUGAAAAACGUGACCCCGAUUUACGGCCGUGGCAAUACGAACUCGACCGGCAGUACGCCCGACUCGGAUUCUAGCCUAAAGAUUCCUCUUAGGCCGCAGGCGCGGAGGGUCGAGAGCUGGCGGCAGGCCAUCCAGCGCUCGGCUUUGACCAUCCCGAUGGAGGAGAUGAUCCGGCGGCUGGGGAGCACAUUCGACCUCAGCCGUGAGCUUCAUUCCGACGGGAGCGGUGCAAACCUGCUCAACCGGAUCUUGACGUCGAGGGGGAUGCGGAGGGAGCGGGCCCCACUGCCGGAUGAUGUCAUCCAUCUCACGGAAAAUUACGAUAACAAUCAUGAUAAUAAUAUCAAUAUCACCGGCCGUCGGAUAGCGCCGCAUUUGCUCCGGCGGUCGAGCUCUCACAGGGCGGCUUCGCUGUCCAACCUGGCGGCGGCCCUGCCGUCAGCCGAGAGCCUGGCGGCGGUGGAGUCGUAUUUCAACAGCGGCCACGUGGAGAGGAAUCAGGAGCUGCCGCUGCCGCCGGUGGAUGAUCGAGACUCGGUCUCGAGUAUUGCUGCCGUUAUACAUUCGGAGAGCCAAACGGUGGACAACGCCAUUGAGAUCGAUUCGAGGGUAUCGCUCUCGACAUCGUCUUCUAGAAGGCGGCAUGAUGCUUCUAGAAUAUCUGACGUGGACAGUGGGGAUUCGCGGGCCCCGAGGAGGAGGAGGUUGAACUGA